GCUUCCUUUCACUUCACUCUCUUAAAAGACAAUGGGCACGUCGGUCUCCAAGGUGCUGCACCACAAGGCUACUAUUGCCAGUGCCAUCGUCGUACAAAAAGUCAAGGCAAAACCGAUGUUGUCACAGUCUCCGAUCGACAUAAUCGAGGACCCCGUAAUGGAUUCCGUGCCGCUCAAUUCUGCUGAGAACGCACUGCAAUUGGGCUCAGCAUCAGCCGAGAUCCAUCUCGUGCACGGAGGUGACAACUUCCAAGUGAACUGGAGCAACCACGAGCAAAACGUGCUGACCCUCAAUGGCAAGAAGUACUACACUGUCCAGUUCCACUUCCACGCACCCACUCGAGCCAUGGAGCUGCACUUGGUGCAUCAGGCCGAGGACGGCUCAUUGGCGGUGGUGGGUGUCUUCUUUACGGAGGGCAAGGAGAACGCCUUCCUGGCCCAGUUCUGGGACGAGAUUUCCACGUUGAACCCCAAAAAACACGACCACGUCGCGUUGGGCCAGAUCGUCGGCGGUGACGAACUCAACAGUCUAUUGGAAGGCAGGAUCUUCCGCUACAAGGGCUCAUUGACGACACCACCCUACUCUGAAGGAGUUGAGUGGGCUGUCGUGAGUGACAUGCUGGAGGCCUCGCCCGAGCAGCUCGAACGGUACCGUAACUUCCUUCCGAGACCAAACGCUCGUGACGCGCAGAAGCUCAACGGUCGUAAGGUAUCACUAUGUCAAUGUUCAAACAUCAUUCCGUUCGGUGCCUAA